AUGUCCAGAGCUCUGGUCCCGCUUCUCCAAACGGGAGUGCCUAAUCCUGGAGGCACAUUCCAGGAUAAAGGGGGUGGGGAGAGGCUGGGCCAGGGGAGGAGCAGGAAAAAGGGCUAUAAGGCCGUGGUCCAAGCACAGGGGAGAGCUAGGCGGGCCAUGGCGGAUGUCCCUGGGGUGCCGAGACCGGUUCCCGCAGGCCCAGAGCCUCGGGACCCACUGGACUGCUGGGCCUGCGCUGUGCUGGUCACAGCCCAAAAUCUGCUGGUGGCUGCUUUCAAUCUUCUCCUGCUGGCGCUGGUACUGGGGACCAUCCUGCUACCCGCUGUCACCAUGCUAGGCUUCGGCUUCCUCUGCCACUCCCAGUUUCUGCGCUCCCAAGCACCCCCUUGUACCGCACACCUGCGGGACCCGGGCUUCACGGCCCUGCUGGUCACUGGAUUCCUGCUCCUUGUGCCGCUGCUCGUGCUUGCCCUGGCCAGCUACCGUCGCCUGUGUCUACGCCUUCGCCUGGCAGAUUGUCUCGUGCCCUACAGCCGAGCCCUCUAUCGGCGCCGGCGUCCCCCACAGCCACGGCAGACCCGGCCCUCACCAGGAUCCCAGGCCAUUCCCACAUCAGGGAAGGUCUGGGUCUGAGGAUCCCAAGCCAAGAACCAUGUUGACUGUCCUCUUCUCCCAGGCAGCCCAAAAACUUGAAGCCGGGGUGGGGGUUGGGGAUGUCCCCCUAUUUACCCUUCUCACACCCCUCAGCCAAGUCCUUCCUCUUUGGGGAAGAGCAGCAUCUGUGGAUCCACUGCAGUCGAAAAUUCUGGAAAAACCACUCCUACUCUCAUUACCCGUAUCUGAAUCCUGGGCUGGACCCUGCAAGUACAUAACCUCCCACACCCCAUCUUGUGAAUAGAACCACCGACCUCUUUUUUUUUUUUC